AACAGACCUGUGCUGGGGACCCAGGGGGGGGCCCUGGCCUUGCUCUGGGGGUUCUGAGAUCUCUGAGGACCCUCUGGCUUGGUGGUGGCGGCAUCAGGGGCUUUGCCUUCUCAGUGUCCUCCCUUCCCUGACCUGCUCCAGGAUGUGGCCAUCGGACUAUGAGGAUAGUGGGUGGAAGCCCUGCGAAGGAGAAGUGGCCCUGGCAGGUGAGCCUGCGGAUCAAUGACAUACACGUGUGUGGAGGCUCCCUCAUUGCCAAUCGGUGGGUGCUGACAGCGGCCCACUGCGUAUUUGGCCACUGGGAAUACACGGUGAUGAUAGGAGACGUACACCUGACCACCACCUCCAAGAUGGCAGUCCAUGUCCCAGUGAAAGACAUUGUUAUCCACCAGAAUUAUAGAGCUUCCGUAACAAUCCAGAAUGACAUUGCGCUCGCCCUGCUCGAGUUCCCUGUGAAUUACUCCUCGCACAUCCAGCCUGUGUGCUUCCCUGAACAGGCUUUCAUGGUGCAAGCUGGUACGAAGUGCUGGGUGACUGGAUGGGGAAAAGUGAGGGAAACAGAUCCAAAAGAGGUAAUUCCAGAAAUACUUCAGGAGGCGGAGCUGAGCAUAAUUCGCUAUCAGAAGUGUAAUGAGAUACUCAAGAAAAAGACGGGAAGUUUCACUAACGUAGUCAAGGAAGGGACUGUCUGUGGUUACAGUAGCCUAGGAAAGGAUUCCUGCCAGGGUGAUUCUGGGGGCCCCCUGGUCUGUGAAUUUAAUGAGACCUGGGUCCAGGUGGGGGUUGUGAGCUGGGGCAUCGGCUGUGGUCGCAAAGAUCAUCCUGGAGUUUAUACAGAAGUUAGUUUCUACAGGGACUGGCUCAUGUAUCAGAUGACUGGGCCUUCCUCUGCAGACUCAGGAGGCCUCUUCAUCCAUCCUUUGUGUCUGGUGCUGCCCCUGGGCAUCCUGGUGACCCUGUGAUCACCACAGCACGCUCUCCUCCUGUUUCUGAGUCUCCCACGAGGCCUCUCUUCCCACCUCUGGCUCCUUCUCAGCACCCUGCCCUCACAUUCCUGUUGGGACCCGUGGAGAGCCACACAACAGAGGGCAGAAGCAAGACUGCAGUCCCCAAAGUGUCCUGGCCUGGUGCUCCAGUCCACUACCUACAACUGCUGGGAGGGAGAGGUGAAACUGCGCCAGCUCGAGGGCCAGCCGACCUGCCAGGUGGAGCAGGUGCUGCAUGGACAGCUUGGAGAACAUCUACCAAGGAAGAGACAUCAUCAGCGGUGCACACCCUUAGACCUGGGUGGUUUCAGGCUCUCAGCUGACAGUUGGUCAAACCAGUCAGCUUGGUGAUUGCCCAGAAAGAGUGAAGGAGGUGUCCCCCUGUCCCUGCCAUGGUGUGAUUUCCACAGGGCUCAGUUGUCUGGGGAUAACCUCCCUGUACCCCAAUGUGGAUCCCUCUGUGAUUGGCCAGCCUCUGCCGUGCAAGCCUUCCUGGAUUCUAACCCAGUCUUGGAACUCCCUUCCUCAGUGCCCUGGUGGCUACAUCCAGGCUCACCCCACGUGUUGAGACAAGAAGGAGCAUGGAGAUUUCUGACAUCAUUUGAAUAAACGUUUGGAGGAUG